AUGUUAAAAUUAUUCAACAAAGAAAAGAAGAAAGCACCUUAAAUUCAAAAUGUGCUUACUGUUGAGGAAUUUUUCAAGAGAGACGAAUAUGAGAUCAAUGAUGAGUUUUGGAAAAUGAACGCCACUUAACUCGAAGAAACUUGCAAGAAACAAGAAAAGUAUAUAAAAAAAUUGAAAACCUUGUAUGCUGCAGUAUGAUUGAUUUGUCAAUAAUUUCAAUAGCAUUUAGACUAUCUUGAGCAAUUGUUGAUAAAACACGAAGAGGAGAAGAAGAAACUAAGAACCGAAAUAGAAGAAUGGCAAAUAAAAAAUUGUAAUAUUUAAAUUGUAUCAUAAAUAUAUAGAAAGCAAUUUUGAACUAAAACAGCAGAUUGAAGCCUAAUAUAAAUAGAUGUACGAAUAGUUUUCUUCUCAAUCUGUGCAAUAAAAGUAACCUCAAAUUAUGGAGGAACACAAAUAAGAGCCACAAAACACAGAUUUGUUAGAUUUAGUUGAGCCGAAGGAAGAGGAAAUCGAAAGAUUGCGAUUAUAGUGCAUAAAAGUAUGCGAAGAGAUGAGAAGAUUGCAAGAAGAUAAUGACGAUUUGAGCACUGCCUUGGAGGUAGAGAAAUAGCAUAAAGAGUAAUUAAGACAAUAAUUUGAAUAAUAAAAGGGUUAAUUUUAAAAAGAGAUAUCUGAGUUGGAGAAUAAAAUUAAAAAUGUUCAAGAUGAAGGAUAGUUAAAUACUUAAAAGUUGGAAGAUAGAAUAAGGAAUUAAAGGGAUUUAGAAUAAAAUGCAUCUGAUUUAAAUACAAAGAUUCAUGAAUUGGAUAGUAAAUUGUUAUAAGAAAAAAUUAAGGUUGAUUCAAAAAAUAAGGAUUGCAUUAGAUUGGAAGAUUAAGUGAAUGAAUUAAAAAGUUAGAUUGAAUAAAUGUCGAAUUAAAUAAAUAUAUAAAAAAGUAAAUUGCAAUUAUUAGAAUCAAAAAGAUAGAAAGAUAAAGUAACAAUCAAUGAAUUAAAAAAUAACAUCACUCUUUCACAGAACAACAUUGAAUUAAUAUAAUUUCAACAUAAAAAUGAAAUUUAAAAUUUGAAUUUGCAAUUCAAUGAAUUAUAAUUAAAAAGCAAUCUAUAUGAACAACUCAAAGUGCAGUAUGAUUAACUGCAAAAUUAGUUAAUGGACAAGAAUGUAAAGGUGUAAUAAUUAUUUCACCAGAUUUCAGACAUGGAAUAAUAGAUAGAAUAAAAGAAUAAGUAUAAAAUUAAAUCUAUUCAAGAUAGUAAUAAAGUAGAGAUGAAAAACUGACUUAAAAGGAAGUUGAGAGAGAAAACUUGAUCUAGCAUCUCACUCUUAAGAGAGAGAAUGCCAGAGUGGAAAUUGAAUAGUUGAAUGACAAGAUCAUAUCUUUAAUGAAAUUAGUGGAUUCUAUUAAGAACAAGGCUCAGUAAAACAAUGACAUUUAACAAAUGAUUAAGCAUAAUUCAGAUAUUCUAAACAAAUCUGAAGUACUACAGAAAAGCAAUCGAAGAGUACAGUUAUUUCCAACACUCCACAAGUGUUUAACUGAAUUAAGAAAAUUGGAAGAUAAAUGUUACAAAUUAUACAUUUAGACUAUGAUUUCUGACUUUUAGAAUAAAGACUCUACAAUUUAGAUUGAAAGGUACUUAAACGACAUCGGGAGGAGAUCUCAAGACAUUUUGGAUCUAUUAGAUGAAAUGGGUUUGAAAUGA